AUAAAUAGUAAGAUUCCAUUUACAUAUAUUCAUAGAGCACUUCGAUCUAUCUUGUUAUUAAGAACAUUCCAAGUACACUUUUCAGUGUGUCGAAUUAUCCUUUCAAGAAAGAUGAGCGUUAUCAGCUCCACCACUCUGAAGGCUGGCUUGCCGGCCAAGAUCCGCCGUUCCGUCGUCGCGCGGUCUGGCAAGACGCUUUCUGGCAGGUCUGAGGUUCAAGCUCCGCGGGAGCUGACCACUCUUGAGUAUCUCAAGACUCUUCCCGGCGUUACUGAACCUUUCGCAAACGUGUUCGAUCCCGCCGGCUUUGCCCGGACCGCGUCCAUCCGCGACAUUCGUCGCUGGCGCGAGAGCGAGAUCGUCCAUGGCCGCGUGUCUAUGCUGGCCGCGGUGGGCUUCAUUGUGGGAGAGCAACUGCAGGACUUUCCGCUCUUCUUCAACUGGGAUGGCAGGGUGUCAGGCCCCGCCAUCAACCACUUCUCUCAGAUCGGUCAGGGCUUCUGGGAGCCUCUGCUGAUCGCCAUCGGUAUUGCUGAGUCCUACCGGGUGGCAAUCGGCUGGGCCACGCCCACCAACACCGGCUUCAACAGCCUCAAGGACGACUACGAGCCAGGAGACCUCGGCUUCGACCCCCUUGGCCUCAAGCCCACCGAUCCCGAGGAGCUCAAGGUUAUGCAGACGAAGGAGCUUAACAACGGACGUCUGGCUAUGAUCGCCAUUGCGGCGUUCGUGGCUCAGGAGCUGGUUGAGCAGACGGAGAUCUUCGAGCAUCUGUUCCUGCGCUUCGAGAAGGAAGCCAUUUUGGAGCUGGAUGACAUUGAGAGGGAUGUUGGCCUGCCAGUUACCCCUCUGCCAAGCAACCUGGCGAACCUCUAAGCGACUGACUAGACGCGCGAGGAUCAGUGACCGGCGUUCCGUCAUCACGCUGGCCUGAUAGGCAAUGGUGUUGAAACCAGCAAGCAUGUAUGGGCGGCGGGUGAAUGCGGAAGAGGUGCAGGUCAGGGGCACGAGUCCCUGGGCCCGUUGGUCAGCGGGGGCCCUGCAACGGAUAGCGGGAAUGAGAGGAAUGAGAGAACAAUUAUGCGCAUUUUUUUUGGAACGGGAUUUUUUCCUAUUCGCACGUUUGCAUUGCAAUUGGUAAUAAUAGCAGAUGAGUGAUUGUGUCGUAUGGUUGAGCCGUGUUGAAUGCACCUAUGUGUACGUUAUGAAUACUUUCGAGGGGCAGUCGAAACUGUUGGGAGCCACAAGAUAUGGUAUAUAUGCGCUUGUCUUCUGUUUGAAGGUUGAUUAUCUUUUAUCUGUGGUGUUGCCAACUAGACCAUUGUUUCCGCAAGGCUGCAGCACCAACGUAUGCUUGAUGAGCGGUAGCUUGCAAAUAUCCGGCAAUAACCUUGCCGGACGGUUCAGAUGUGUGCUGACCGGAAGUGGAAUGAUUUGUGCUGGGCAUUAGCAUUUUUUCCUUCCCUUUCCUAGAGGGAAGCGGUCAAGCUAAUGCAGGCAUGCCUUGAAUAUCAUUGUUUACUCGUGGUUGUCGCUAAAUUUUGAGCGGAUUGGCUAGGCUCGAAUCAGGUGAGGUUGUUCAAGUUUCGAGAGUAAUCGAAUAUUUGCCGAAGGUGAGCCUGAAAAACAAAGAGGCCGACGAUGCGCAAAUUUAAUCUUCGUAUGUGUACAUGCCUUUCAAUCGUUAGUGUAAAAUCUUGUCAUUGGAUGAAGAAAUCCGGUAGAUCCGAAGAUGCAUGGAAGUGAGAUAGGAAUCAUGGGAAGUUUGCGCUUGCGGUUUGCAGCUUGCGUAGCACCAACAUGUCUAGGAACGGUUUUACAGCUCGAAACAACGGUGAAAGCGAUACUCCUCAAUGCUGCUACUGUAACAGCAGCGGAC